GCAACCCCUUCCUCCGAGGAUCUGGCCGGGCGCCGCUGCCCUACGUGGACAGGUGGGCGCAUCCCGGGCCUGACGGAUGAGCGGUGGGGCACGUGAACUCCCACCUCCAAUUUGGCUCCGUGCGGGGCGGCAGCGGCGGCGGCUGCAGACCCGCGGUGGGGGCGGCCCCCGCGGUCUCCGCCCGGCUCCUGCGCGCCGCCUCUGCUCUUUGCAUAGUAAUUUCAGUUCCUGCAAGCACCCAGCUCGCUCCCGGAACGGGUCUAAAAAGGACCGCCGCUCCAGAGCCCGCCGGAGCCAUCCGUGUGGCGCCGAGAGCCGCUGCUUGGGAUAUGCGACGGGAAAACCCCGCCACAGCGCAGGCAGUGGCCCCGCCGCGCCGGGGAGAACCGGGCGACAGCAGAAUGGCGUUGAACAAAAGCGAAUAGGGACAGAGAUGCAGUUUGUUUUUCUGCACCUGGAUUACAGGGACCAUUAGGGUUGAACGUCUACCUGGCGCUGUGAGCACUAGCAAAGCCGCCUUCUCUCUUCAGCCAUUCUGAUUUGCUUCAGACGCAGGUCGAAGGGAGGAACCAGUGUUUCGGCGAGUAUCUUUGAAGUGCAUUUGAGGCAGCUGUUAGUGUGAAGGGGUCUUUGCAUAUCCACCUGAAGGCUGAAAGUUCUCUGGAGACAGAGGUAGCACCAAGGUCCCUGUAACACUUGCCUAAAAUGUCACUAAACAGAUGCGAUGACAUCCUGAAGUCCUUGUUCUAGCAAUGCGGCGGUUCUGAGAUUGAUCCCUCAGAGGAAUCAUCCCUGACUGAGUCUUCACUCUGAGCUAAGACUGGUUCUCAGAGGGAGCACUGCUCCGGAGAGAGCCCCGAGGUUUUCCUGAAGAAAAAUUCCAUGGGGACUGUACCUGACCCUUUGAGAUCAGCUAAAACUUCCUUGAUCACAGCUUCUGGAAAAGAAGAGGAUCUAGGAGAAGUGCAGCCUGCCUCACCUCGGCCUCGACCAGCGCUCCUCUGUAAGAAUACCAAUGGCCUUUCUGGCCCUCCUGAAGAGCCAGUGCUCAGCCCCAAGGCAGCUGCUGAAGCCUUGAUGCAGGCCUUCAAGCAUGAGACCACCCAGCCGGACAUGUCUUCUCCUGGUGUCAUCAAUGAGGUGGAAAAAGGGUCUCCUCCAUGCAACUCUCCUGACAAUACCCAGCUGCCAGGAAGCAGCAAGCCCACAGCACCAGCUCUGUGUUCUGCAGCAGGAAAGGAUGUUCUAGACGAAGCAUUUACAAUGCCAGCCAAUCAACACAGCCACCAGGCCAUCCCGGGUGACCAGCUCAAUGCCAGCCCCUCAGCAGGACCUGAGGAUACGCUGCUGAAAACACAGAGAACCUCAGAUGGGGAGCAACCUGAAAAGUCAAGUUGUCCUGUGGGCAGCACCCAGGGCAACAGCAAAGCUCAAGUGCCCUGCGAUUUUCCUUCUCAAGAAACAGCCCAGGGAAUGGUGCAAGCUGGAAAUACAGCAGCCAGUGUGUUCAGCCACACCUCCCCUCCUAUAGGCAGACCCAAAGGGGAAAGGCCAGGAGCCGUUCAUGACUCCCAGACGAGGGCCUGUGAAUCUCCAGCGAGAGAAGUUGGAUGUUCUGGGCACAAACAGCCCUCGGCUGCCACGUCGGAUGGCCAGGCGGUGACUUCGGUGACACCCCAACCAUCCCACCUCACUAGCCAAGGGUCCACAUUUCCUCCAGAUCUGGGGAAGGUGCCACUGCCCUCACAGCACCAGGUGUCAAGGUUCAAAGAAGCAAGUACAAUGACCAGCCACGCUGCAGGUGAGGUUCGGGAAGUUCCCAGCAGGGCUCGGCAAGAUGCUGAGGUGCAGGCCGUGGCAAGUGUCGAGAGCAGGUCCGUCUCCACCAGCCCCAGCAUCUUCACUGCAUUCUUAAAGGAAGUCCCCGUUCCUGAGCAUGUGGAAGAACAGGAGCAGCUGCGUGUUGUUUGCCGUGGCAAUGGCCGUGGGAGCCACACACUGGAGCUGUCUGACAACCUCCUAGCCCCGCAGGAGUCGGGCCAGUGCCCUGGAAUCAUGCCGGAGGUGCACAUCCAGGCAGCUGCGGCUGUGUCCACUGCUUGCAGAGGGGAGCGUAAAUUGGUGAGCUUACCGGGUGAGGUCCUUCAAAUCUCCUCCAUCACAGUGGCAUCCGGUAAGGCUCAGGAUAUGUGUAAGGAAGACGGGGGGUCAGCAGGCAUGACCCCGACGAGGGCGGAGCCCACCUCCAAACAGCUUUCAGGUGUGAAUUCUAGCUCCCGGAAAGCUAGCCCCGCUGACCAGAUUGCUAGCAGCACAGGAAGUCAAACUGAAACAGAUCACGAAUUGGGGAAAUCUGAAAUCAAGCCAUCUGAGUCUGCAGUGAAAACCACAGAUGGUCCCCGAACAAACACAGAUUGCAAACUCUCUGACUCUUGUGGCCCUGCCAGCAAAGCCGACCAGUCCGGGAGCUCGGAUCCCACUGAUAAAGGAGAUGCAAGAGGGCCUGCAUCUCCGCACAUAGUACAACAGCAAGAAUGCCGGGGCACCGAUAGCCUCGAUCCCAGGGCAAGGGUAGAGGCCAAGUGCCUGCUGCUCAAUCCUAAAUCUCAAGAAAGUGCAGGCGCUGGAUCAGCUGCCAGUCCUACGCCGUCCCCAGUUAGGAAGAACCAGGAGGGUACCUUGGAAGAAAACAGACAGACCAAGACAGCCACCAGCCUGAGCCUGCCGUCUGACGCCAUGGGCGACUCCAGUCCAGGUUCCGGCAAGAGGACCCCUUCUCGCUUGGUCAAAGCCAGCCCACGCCGGGCCAGCCGCGUCAGUGAGUUCCUCAAGGAGCAGAAGCUGAAUGUGACAGCGGCGGCCGCGCAGGUGGGACUCACCCCGGGAGAGAAGAAAAAGCAGCUCAGUGCCGACUCCAAGCUGCAGCUGAAACAGUCCAAGCGCGUCAGGGACGUCGUGUGGGACGAGCAGGGCAUGACCUGGGAGGUGUACGGUGCCUCCCUGGACCCGGAGUCCCUGGGCAUCGCAAUCCAGAACCAUCUACAAAGACAAAUCAGGGAACACGAGAAAUUAAUCAAAGCUCAAAGCAGCCAGACCCGGAGAUCCAUUUCCUCAGAUACUUCUUCAAAUAAAAAGCUCAAAGGAAGGCAGCACAGGGUCUUGCAGUCCAUGCUGCAGAACUUUCGACGCCCCAACUGCUGUGUUCGUCCUGCCCCUUCUUCUGUGUUAGACUGAAAGGGAACGUGUUUGGGGGCCCUCGUGUGCAGUCACGGUAUUCCCGAGUGUCUGUGUAUGUCAGAGCUUACUUAGUGUUUUUUCCAAGAGACCAGGAAGAGAAAGCAAGUAUUAACUAUAGGAAGUUGCCAUGAAGCAUUGUUGGGUCCUUUGAUUGGGGCUCCCUAAAUAAAAAUAUUUCAAUUCGAAAGAAGGGACAAAAGAAGAGGAGAAAGCUUCCCUGAAGGUUCAUGACCUUGAUUAAGAGGAAAUAAUAUUCACUGGGUUUUUUUUAUUGUGAUGUUGCUUCUGGAACUAGCAUUAUCCAUUAAACGUGUCGCUUUG